CCCCUCAAACCAGCCGACGCCUGAAUACUCCGUACGAAAUGAUUUCGUUUAAGACAAUUGCAUUUUCAGCUGCGCUGAUAAUUUCAGCAGUCGCUGGGACAUCUGCGGCUGGCCAGCAAUGUGUACAAGUAACGCUUCCGAAUAUCUUCCACUUUGGCGAGUGCUUGGGCCAACCUCAGGACAUGUGCCAUAACGCGGCGAACGUGGUGACAGUCGCCGAGAACAUUUUUAUCUGCGCCGUGAAAGGGAUCUCCCACUUGGAUAUCGGAUCCCAGCUGUUCCUACUCGAGGGCAUCAUUACCGAAACAUUGAAGCGGUUCGGCCUCGGUUCUCUGGCCAACACCAUCUACUCACUCUGCAAGAGUGUUGGCGGCAUGGUGGGCACAGCAUCCAAGGUCGCCAAGGGCCUUUUCGGCGGCAUGCUCGGAUCCGUCGUUGACACUGCCACCUCUGUCCUGCCUCUGGGUGACUGCACGGGCUUGAACGUGGCAGGCGAGAUCAUGUGUGACGAGCCGGUAGUCUUCCUAUUCCCCAGCACCCUCAACAUCGGAAAGUGCAUGAACACUACAAUGUCGACGUGCGUGGGAACUCACCCGAAUCAGGCCCAGGUCAUACAGCAGUUUUUCCAGGGCGUCACCUGCGUCUUCAUGAGCAUCAUCGCUGCUCCGGGUCUCUCUGUGACCAGUCUUUUCUGCACCGUGGUCAAGGUCGUGAUCCAGAUUCUUAGCACCGGACCUCUAAGCGUCGUCGGCUCCGUGCUUCAGCAGUUGGAGAAUGCCAUCGGAAUGCAAUGUUGAUGUGCCCCUGCAUACUCGGAUGCCUGAACCAACGCCUGCGGUAACGUUCUGUGGUAAUCAAGAUACCGCUCUGCACAUUUGUCUGUGUUUCUCACAUCUGGAAGAUAAAAAUAAAUUGAA